GAAAAGAAGGAUACAACCAUACGUGAUUUGCCUUAUUGAUGUCAUCUUUUAUUUGCAAAGGAAAUAGGAAGAAUGUCGCAUGUUUAUUACAAAUACAGUUUUCCAACUUUGAGUCAUGUGUAAACAUGUACGUCAGCUUUUCCUGCUGGUGAUCGAUGGUUACUCAUCAAUUAGACAAGUUCGACAGAUUCUUCUCAUACGAGACCGACAUGGCACUCCCAUAUGAAUAUCGAGAUUUAGGAAAGUUUAUCAUAAUGUUAUAUUCAAUAGAGCAUGGCAGUUAAACAAGUCUUCCGAUACUCAGUGGUAGUUUUCGUACUGUUAAUACCGCUGUCAUGUGGUUUCCUGUUCAAAAAAAAAACUCCACCAGCCAAUCGGAUGGGUACCGAGUCAGGUUUCUAUCAACAAGGCCCUAACAUGAUAGGCCCUGGGCCAGGAAACUUUCCACCGGGACCUUAUGGAAUGGGCCCUAGACCAGGCAACUUUCCGCCGGGACCUAAUGGGAUGGGCCCUGGACCAGGCAACUUCCCGCCGGGACCUAAUGGGAUGGGCCCUGGACCAGGCAACUUUCCACCGGGCCCUAAUGGAAUGGGCCCUGGACCAGGCAACUUCCCGCCGGGACCUAAUGGGAUGGGCCCUGGACCAGGCAACUUUCCAUCCGGCCCUGGACCAGGCAACUUUCCACCGGGCCCAAAUGGAAUGGGCUCUAGGCCAGGCCCCUUUCAACAAGGCCCUAACGGGAUGGGCCCAGGCCCAGGACCUAAUUGGCAGAGCCAAGGACCGUAUCCGCCGCGACAAGGUUCACCUUGGCCUUAUUAUGCCCAAGGGCCCUAUCAACAAGGCCCUUACCCAAUGGGUGCCAAUAUGUACCAGGCUUGGCCCGGGCCUCACUCUAUUCCUCCUCGCAGGCAACCACAGCCACCUAAACGAUCUUUCUUCUCCUCUAUUGGACGAGUGUUCUCCUCUCUCUUCCGAUUUGGAAAUAUUUUAGUGACUAGUCCAUCAAAGUCAUAAAAAUCUCAAAAUGGAUCUGUGCGAGUGUUUUCAUCAAUGAACAAUUGCAUAAAAUGGUAACUGGAUUAUAAAUGCUCCAUUGCCCGACAUUAAUAUGUGUAGUAGUACAUGUACUAUAUAUGCUUUGUCCACAUUACAGAUACGCUCAAUGGUUGUGAAAUUUCAAGAACUGUGCAGAAUUCAUCUUUCAACUGUCGUAAUAUUCCAGAGCAUAUUUUUCAUUUAAAUGUAUAUUGCACUGUACUUGAACUGUACAUUUUACGACUCAUCCAGAACCGUCAAACAUUAUAUGCUGGGAAGAUAAUAAGAUUUUUUUCUGAAAAAAUAUCCAAUCGUAAGACCUUAAGAUAUUCUGGAAUAUUACACAACAGCUAAAAACAAUUUAAUAUAGAACAUUUUUUAUGUGUUUCCCAUGUGUAAUUUCGGGGUUAAUCACCAUGAAAAGUAGAUGUCUGAGCAAAAAGAAUUCUCCCGUCGACAAUAUAUGCUCUUCAAUUUUGGUCAUUGUUAUUUGUGUUUGAACUCUUAUGAAAAAUUUAUCUUGAACUGCAUAUAUUGUUAACAUACUUACAUCUUAAUUACAGUUCUACAUUAUGUAUCGGGUAAAGACGGAAUGAUGACUAAGGGUAAUACUACGCCAGCAUACCGCUAGUCUCCACACACUUGUUUAUUCCAGUUAAUGGGCCCAUCGACGGCUGUGGUUAUUUAGGACCAUCUCAAGGUACACAUAGAUCCAUAUAGUAAUAUUUCAAAGAUACGAAUUAAAUAGAUUUUAAAUGAC